AUGUCUCCCAACCCCUACCCCCCAUCCUACAAAUCCAACAAGGAGGACCCACCACCACCCUACUCACCUGCAGCCUCUGCACGAAUCACCGAGCAAACCCCACUAUUCCCCGACAAUAACAGCAACACUAGGAAUCCACGCCCGCCGAUUAUCAGGAUAUAUCUCCCAACGGUACGUAGUCCCGCAAGGGAGUUUGAUAGGAAAGUGAGGAGAUGGAUGAAAGCAAUCCUGAUUGGCAUUUUUCUCGGUUGUGUGCUUGGGAGCUUGGUUGUUUUGGGGAGGGAUGUGUUUUAUGGUUUUGAUGGUGAGGUGGUGGUUGAGGAGGUGAGGAUUGGGGUUUUGGGUGGGUGCUCUUUUUUAUUUUUGCUUUUGUCUUUUUUCUUUUUUCUUUUGAUGGAAUAUGAGGGCUGUUUUAUAUGUGCUUUGAGAGUUGGGAGUUUGGUUUGGGUUUCUAAUUAUCUCAUGAGGGAAUGAGAGUUUAGUGCCCUCUUUUUGGAUGGCUUGUUUUUAUACAUUUGAUUCUUCGUCUUCUUCUAUAUAUUGUACAUUAUCAAAAAAGACAAGUCCUCAUUUCCAAACAAGCACUUACACAUAAAACUAACAUACCAGCCAGGCGCAGGGUCAGCAGGAAUAUCAACAUCCUACACCCUCUCCCAACUCCCCCUUCCCAUAACAAAACGCAAGAAAAUCCACCUAAACAUAACCCUCCUCGACAAAAACCCCACAAUAGGCGGUCGUCUCACCCUCCCCUUCCAAUCCGAUAACUCAAUUCUGCAAAAGGAACUCCACAUCGAAGACCUCUCUACCGCCUGCUUAUCACAAAGUUCAAUUCUCGCCGCACGCGCGAAAUCCGAACUGUCGUUAAACUACGGAAUCAGCAGGUCAUCACAGACUUCCCUCACAAAAACGGGGUUCUAUGAUGGCAACGGAAUCAUAGCGGAGGUAUCCCGACCGAGGGAUAAGGUCGGUUGGGGUUGGUUGAAACUCGUCUGGCGAUAUGGGGCCUCGGUUUGGCGAGCAGGUGUGUUACCCGAUGGGGCCUCGUCUUCGUUCGUAGAGAUGAUGAGGAAGAGUUCGUUCCCUAGCCGUUCCGAAAGCGCAACUUAUGAGAGUGUCUGGGAGAUCCUCGAGAAAGGGGGGAUGACUGAUGCAGUGGGUCUCGGUGCUGUUGAGAGGUUAGAGAAAAAUGGUGUUGGGGGGAAGUACGUGGAAGAGAUUUUGCGACCUCAGGUCAGAAGACAGGGCGGGACUGAAAUAGAAGAGGUUUCCGAUUUGGUGCUGAGUGUUUUGUUAAAGAGGGAGAAUGAGGGAACGUGUUUUGAUGGGGAGGGAGGGAGAGUAUCUGAGGUGUUGAAGAAGUUUGUGGAGAAGAGUGGUGUGGAACUCAGGCUCGAUACCGAGGUCACAGGAAUCAGACAAGAAAUUCUGGACGAGGGGAAGAAGAUCUGGGUUCUAGAGACGAAAUCAACAUUGAACGACACCGCAGAGUCAGAAUACACAGGAUACGACCACCUUGUCAUCGCCGCACCCCUCAAUGAUUCCCUCUUCAAAUCACCAAACCAAGACACCAACACAAGAGAAACAAUAAUCUACAGACCCAUCCACACAACAUUCAUCCUCACAAACACCACCCCCUCCUUCUCCCCCCUCCUUGCCCUCCUCCCCACCACCCCAACCCAAAUCCACGAACUCACCCGCCUCCGCCAAAUCCACAUCCCCACCACGCAAUCCCUCAUCCAAACUCUCUUUCUCUCCCGCAUCCUCUCCAACUCCAUAAUCCCAGAUGAGCAAAUACACACCCUCUUCAACGGCCCCUCAAAUGUGAAAGAGAUCCUGCACUGGAAAAUCGAGAAUGCGUGGCCGGUGAGUAGACCUAGAAGUAGUGGGGAUAGCUUGGGGGGGUUUAAGUUGGGGGAUGGACUUUGGAGCACCGGGAUGGGAGAGGGGGUUGUUGGUGGAGUUGAUUGGAGUUGGGUCGUUGGAGAGAAUGUUGGGAGGCUUUUGGGGAGGGAGUUUAGGGGGUGA